AUGGAAGCCAAAGACGGGUACGAAGAUAAAACAGGACCCUGUGGAGGACGUUUGCUGCCCAACAUCUACUACGACCCUCCCUUUUCCUACCUAGCUGUUACAAAUUGUAUGUGGUCCAACACCCUGGUCAGGAUAGUGAACACGAGUGAAUGCGAUGACAUGCAUCUUGAUCAAUGCUACCAACAUCUCAUCCCUGCAUAUAAGGACGACUUGAAUAGAAGUCUAUGCUACACAACGACAGACACGCAAAAUGCGCCUACAUUUUCAGGAGUAGUAGGAUUCAACGUAGAUAAUUUCUGUAAGGCGAGCGCUACUAUGGAUGGACUAACAGCGGGCAAAGGCUCUACAGUGAGCAAAUCGUGUACCACGUCGUGUGGGGUUUCGGGACACUCGUAUGGCACCAACUUCCUUGGUCCAUGCAAGGCUCCGCAGACUACUAUAUGUAGCAUUCAUUGCACAAAAGACCCCAUUGUCUAUCGUGCAAGGAACCUAGCAAGCACACAGUUUAUCGGUUACUUUUCUGCUGGGUACCCUGCCAUGUUGGGAUACCAGAAAAUGAAAAGGCCGAUCGAGCAGCUGCUGCUGCCCUAA